UCUCCUUCCCCGUAAUAGAUGACUCCAAAUUUGGAUCAGUGUUCUGUCAUAUCAAACUUGAAUGGCAGAUAGCGAAAGUUCAUUUUUAGAGAUUUCGUUACUCCUGGAACCAUGUAUCUUUGAAGAAUAUUAAAUGCCUAUGCCUACAACACAUUAGCAUUACGCCAACACAUCAAGCUGGAAGUUCAAGAUGUCAGACGACUUCAGCAAACUUCCCGCGGAGAUCAUCUUCAUGAUUCUCUCGCAUCUACCAGUUGCUGCGCUGGUUUCCUUUGGUACAACUUCCAAAUCCAAUUACACAUUCCAUACUCACUGUAUGAGAAAACUCCAUCUGGCCAUUUUUCACAAACGAAUCCAUGGAAGCGUUGCCUUUCUGAGUACUGGCAUGCAAGAUAAUAUCAAAGAUGCUGGAACUGCGAGGCGGCGAAUGGUAAUCGAAGACCAUAAAAUACCGGUUGUUUUACCUCGAGACACACGGUACAUGAGCCCUGAUGUGUGCAAAUCGACACUGAGAACUUCCAACCCCUACUCAACGACAAAGCCAUAUCAUCUUUCAAAACAUAUAUCGAAAAAGCGUUGCCGUGUGAUUUACCCAGAUGAUGGAGGAUUCGUUCACUCAAUAUCACCGGAGCGGACAAUUAACGCACAGAACAAACUCUUCGCUGAGAUAGUCAGCCGAUAUGGUCAUUCAUUUGAUGAACUGGAAUUCCUGACGUAUGACAUCAACGAAGAAGGAGCGAUGGCAAUCGGAACCCAUUGUGGAUCAAGAUUGCGACACCUAGCUCUUCGCUUCGAACAUCCCUAUGUGAAUGACAGUUCGCUUCGUCAUAGAUAUUGGCAGAAAUCUGCCCCAGGAAGUCCUGCCUGGAACUCAUUGAUCGGUAUUGGUGCUGUCAAAAGAGGACUCGAUAUAGUGAAUCUCGAGAGUCUUAUUCUCGAGAGAGCUGGUAUUACGCCAUGGCAGCUGCGCAUGCUGGUGAUGAGAAACAAAAGACUGAAGGUCCUGAAGCUCAAAAAUUGCGCCGCAGCGCAACCAGAGUUUGUCGAUUGGCUAGGAGGCAUUUCGAUUACAGAGGGCAAGGAACCCCAAGACGACGAUAAGGAGGUUCCAGGGGCAUCUCUCAAAGUACUGUGGAUGGAGAACUGCAAUGGAAUUUGCACGGGCAAAACAAGCGAUAGGGAGAGAGGCCGGACCAUUGACGUAGGCCUAGAAUGGAUUCGUAAUUUGAAGGCACUUGAGUCCCUUUCUCUUCGCGACUGCCGCAAUGUCGACGCUCAAGUUGUGAGUGAUGCAAAUACGCUAAUCUGGCGUAUACGAGAAGUUCACUUACCUCGUGCCCUUGAUUUGGAUCCCGAAUCCCCACCUCCCAUUGAAGUUGACCCCCUUUACGCCUGAUUGAGGACGAGGAGGCCUGCCAUUGUUGGGAGUAGUUGCUGACUGAGCAUAUAAUGUAUUGUACAAUAGAUGUUUCGAGCUCGAAUAGUCACCUCAAUAUUCGAUUGG